CGCUGGGUUUGCCGGUUGCCUGCCUCCCGACGCAGCAGCGAGACCCGAUAUUUUCCGAUAUUUAAAGUUUUCCUAUUGCCUCUUCUUCUCUCUUGAUUUUUUCCCUGACGAUGGUCCCUUAUCGAUACCUCUAUCUCUUUUUGUUUUAUUGUGUUGUGAAAAGUGAACGUCUAUCACCGUCCUGCGAUGGAUUACUAUUAUGUUAAUAAGAGGUGACGGUGACAUGGCCUGGCAUGGAAAACUUAGGAACGGUUUGUUACUUUUACUCUUUUCCUUUGUUGUUAUAUCAGAGACGACAGCAAAAGCUUUAGAACAAUACCGAUACGAGACAGCAUACGCUUGUGAAGGGAAGACUUUGAAGAUCGAAUGCAAAGAUGGCGAGGUGAUCAAACUGAUCAGAGCCAACUAUGGACGAUUCUCCAUUACCAUUUGUAACGAUCAUGGCAACACCGAUUGGAGUGUCAAUUGUAUGUCACCGAAAUCACUAAGGGUCCUCCACAGCAGAUGUUAUUUAAAGAGCAAGUGUUCAGUGGAGGUUAACAAUGAGGUAUUCGAGGACAAUUGUCCAGAGACGCCCAAAUAUAUCGAGGCACACUUUCAGUGCGUCGCUAAUGCUACAACUACUACAACGACUAACCGUCCCAGUCCGCCAUGGCUUAUAACAUCACAGCCGCCCAUGUGGAGCACCAUCAAAUCUCAGACGACUCGUCCAUCCACCACCAAAUUUACCAUUAAUCCUCCUCCUCCUUUGCCUGGCCCUCUUCCUACCUCUACCGCUGUCAGUUUACCGUCAUCAACCGCCAAAGAACACCAUCACGCCUCAUCUUCGAGUCCACAAGACACCGGACACAAAGAUUCAAACGAAUGGAUGGUUGAACCCCAUCCUAGCGGAGAUGGGUCACAGAAAACGACAAUUGUUCCUCAUAAAGGGGUGUUCUCUACUGAAAAUAUCUCGACUGAUUCGUACCCUCCUUACUCGGUUUAUCCCAAACAAAACUCUUUCUAUCCGGGCCAAACAGGCACUGACUACCUUCCGCAUCACUGCAACGCGACAUCGAUGCCAAAUAUGUUCUGGAAAAGUACAAAAGUCAAUGAAACUGCUGUCCAGCCAUGUCCACCAGGCACUACAGGCUUUGCAAAGUGGCGAUGUAUCGAAAUCCCCAUGUCGCCAUACCCAAAAUGGUCACCAGCCAAUCCAGAUUUGAGUGAAUGCCGCUCAGUCUGGCUUACAAGCUUAGAUCAAAGGAUCCUAGCCGGAAAGGAUCUCUUGAUGACAAUAAUAAGCGAUCUGGCUUCGGUAACCGGAAGCAAAGUGUUGUACGGAGGGGAUAUGGCACUCACAACGAAAAUCAUACAGAGGAUAACCGAGAAAAUGGCACAGGACAUACAGACUUUUCCCGACACUCGGCAAAGAGAGGAGAUCGUUUCCGAUAUGCUCAGUUAUGUGGCUAAGACUAGUAGCAACUUACUAGAUGUCAGCCAGCAUUCUUCGUGGAAGGAGCUGAGUUACAGAGACCAGAUGAGUGUGGCUACAUCCUUAUUGAUAGGCUUGGAAGAGAACGCGUUUCUCUUGGCUGACACGGUUACAAGUAAAAAGACCGUAAACAAAGAGUUUAAGAAUAUAUUGUUGUCGGUAAGAAUUCUGGAUACAAAAUCGUUGACGGAUGAAGUCUUUCCUGCGGGGGAUCGAAGCAGCGACUGGAAAGCUAGCAACGACUCGAUAGAAUUGCCAAAAGAAGCGUUGCUAGAAAACAGCGAUGGUAAUUUGGUCCGAUUAGUAUUCGUCGCAUUCGACAGACUGGAAGAAAUACUGCAAUGGCAGCCGGAUUUAUCCGACAAUUCGGGCAAUAACAUAACCAAAGUUCUAAAUAGUAAAGUGAUUUCGGCCAGUUUAGGCAAAGGGCGCCAUAUUCAGUUAAGGGAGCCGGUCAAAUUGACGUUAAAGCAUAUUAAGACGGAAAAUGUGAGCAACCCCAAAUGUGUAUUUUGGGAUUACACGACAAAUUCGUGGUCUGAAGAGGGUUGCCACGUAGACACUUCAGAAUCGAAUUUCACUCACACGGUCUGUUUCUGCGACCAUUUGACCAACUUCGCCAUCCUGAUGGACGUACACGACAUUUAUCUUCCCAUCUCACACGAAAUCGCUUUACAAGUCAUCACUUACAUCGGAUGCAUCGUUUCGAUUAUCUGUCUCAUCCUCGCCAUUGUGACAUUUCAGUUAUUUCGGGGGCUCAAGAGCGACAGAACAACGAUACACUGUAACUUAUGUACAUGCCUCCUCAUAGCCGAAUUAAUAUUCUUAAUUGGCGUGAAUCAAACUGAAAAUAAAAUCGUUUGUGGAAUGAUAGCUGGAUUCCUCAAAUACUUCUUUCUGUGUGCUUUUGUUUGGAUGUUCUUUGAAGGUUUCCAAUUAUACGUGAUGUUGAUCGAAGUAUUCGAAGUAGAAAAAUCACGAAUUAAGUGGUAUUACAUGUUCGCCUACGGACUGCCUUUACUGAUAGUAUUUGUAUCGGCAGCUGCGUAUCCUCAAGGAUACGGUACAGCCAGGCAUUGCUGGCUAAGAAGUGACAACUACUUCAUCUUCACCUUCGUAGGACCUGUCAUUCUUGUCAUGGCGCUGAAUGUCAUAUUUUUGACAAUGGCAAUAGUAAUGAUGUGCAGGCAUGCUAGCGCUUCUGUGUCCAUGAAAAAUAAAGAACAUUCCCGCCUUGCUAGCACGAGUGGAAAAGAAGAGAGUGCACUUCGAAUGAAAUUUGACUUGGCAUGGUUGAAAGGAGCUUUCGUCCUAGUUUUCCUCCUAGGAUUGACUUGGAUCUUCGGAUUUUUAUAUAUUAACCAGGAAUCCGUUGUGAUGGCUUACUUGUUCGCCGUCUUCAAUUCACUGCAAGGAUUCUUUAUAUUUUUGUUCCAUUGCGUUCAGAACGAGAAAGUUCGUAAAGAAUACCGAAAAUUCAUCAGGAGGCACUCCUGGUUGCCAAAAUGUCUGCGCUGUUCGAAGAGCGGCAGCAAUGGUGCAGGCAGCAGCAGCGGAAAUAGCCAGAGCUGCACCACUUCCGGGGGUCCUGCCAAGGAGCGGCGCCCUAGCCUGUACGGGGGCUCGAACGGGAACCCCUCCGCCGGUACCAACUCCCAUUCCACGGACAACUCCGUUCUGACGCCUCAAGGAACAAGUUUGCAUCGAGGUUGGAACUCCCAGAGCUGUACGAACGUCAAUCGGGUGUGUCGCACCCCUGUACCCACAUCUACGUCGGCCAACAUGGCUGCUACUCUGUGUCGCCCCCUCCGGGCCACAGACAUCGCUCCUUCUCCCGAUCUUGAGCCCCCCAACACAUCCACUCUUCCUUACAUUCGUAAUUUCUACAAAAACGCCACUGUCAAUCCCAACAUCCCUAAAUCGGUAUCUACUUGGGGUCCUCUGCACAAACCCUUACACUGGAAGAACAUUUCUUUUAAGUCGUACAGCCGCGAUUCCGGCCAUGGCGGUUCCGAACAGGAGGAAUCUCCGCGAUCGCACAUGAUCAUAGCUGAAGCUCAUCGCCAUUCCUCAUUAGCUAAAGACGUACGCCAAAUGCAGCCCUGUCAGCAGAGCGCCUUCUCAGACUACGGCCUUCGCCAGGCCAUCGCAGCUGGACGUAAAAAGAACGGGUCUUUGAAGCCGCUGCAUUGGGGUCACCACACCUACACCGAGAUCUGCGACGGCCAAAACCCUAGAGGGCUCCUGGCAGCAGAGGAUGAUCCUGUCUACGAGGAAAUAGACAGGAACGAGAUCCAAGUCAGUGAUAUGAGUGACGAGGACGCUAGAAGACAGAGCGAUAUGAGUAGACAGAGCUCCAGGUCGUAUGGAGAUCAUAGACCGUUGAUUCCUUAUAGUCCUGGCACUGAACGCAGCUUCCUGGAGGUUCUGAGCAGUAACAAAGAGCUGGAGAAUGCUUACCGCAUGAGAUGUAACAACGUGGGGUUGCCGUCUUAUCGCAACCCCCAAGGAGAGGCUGCUGUAAGGUCUUUAGCUGCUGUUCUAGAUGGAGAAACUGUCGUUUGUCAUUUGGAGCCCCCCGAAGUGUUUGCCCACCCCCAUAUGGACGUCACCUACGUGUCGUCACGAACUUUGACCUCCUCUCACCUUCCUCCUUAUAGUGAAAGUUAGAAACUGCCAUUCGCAAGUAAUUAUCUGUGAUUACCGCAUGAUCAGACUGUUUUAGUCGUCAUAUUUAAUAAUUUGUUAGUAAGGCUCAGCUUGAAUGAAAGAAAGUGAUAAUUUUAUAUUAAUCGACUAUUUUAGUAACAAAAGAAAAUGAACUAUUACUACGUAUGAGUUAUUCCAGUCAAUCCGUUAGUUAAUUUUUGUAAUUCCCUUUAGUAAUAUCUAAUUUGCCCAAAAACAACUGGACACUUUUUAUAUCGACAAUUUUUUUUGUGUAAAAUGAACCUAAUAACAUUUUUUUCUUCGUUACUAUACAGAAACAGCCUCAGCUUCAUUAAAAUAAGUCUGAGAAGAUCACAUGAUCGUUUUUAAGACCUCAAAAUUCUUUUUAUUGGUAAUUUCAAUAGAUAAAAGCAUCACGAAUAAUAUUCAAAUAGCAAUUAUUGGUGUAAUAACUAAUUCCAGUUCACCCAUAAUUUUAUAAUUUUUUACAGAAAAAUAUUCGUUUUUAAGAUCUCAGAAUUAGUUUUAUUUAUAUUUUAUAAGUCUGAAAGCAUACAAAACAACUUUAUGCGUGUCACUGUAAAUGAAAGGCAUCACAAAUAAUAUUUAGAUGGCAAUUGGUGUAAUAACGAGUUCCAGUUGUGGUUUGGGCAGUUAGCCAGGUCCAUUUAUAGGAUAAGGGAGCUCACUGAUUUUAAAUAACUAUGUACCAGAGAAUAUAUAAUCUGGCCCCUCCAAAAAAAUAUAUAAACACAGUUUAAAAAAAAUAAUUGUUUCUUGUUGUAUAAUUGUAAAGAGUGGGCUUGUAGAAGAAUAGUAAUUAAUAUCCCCUCUACUCAAUAUAAUUUUCGUUAUUUGGAGCUAUUUUCCUAGCUCUAAACUCCACAAAUUGAUGGAACAGUUGUAUCCAUUUCGAUGUACUAUCUAUGGACCUAACAAAACAUGAAGCUUAUUAAUUCAGCCGUAUUUCGUGGUUGAAUAAGUAAAUUUCAUUUUUUUCUAUAUUGACAAAAGAAUUCAUUCUGCAAUACUAGUUUACGUUGUUAAUAUUCUAUACCCUGUUUCUGUAAUUUCUCAUGUUAAAAUAAACUUUUUGGAUACCCCUUAAUCUAAGAACACAAACCGUAUGUAUUGGUAAACGUAAGAGAAAAAAUACAUAAAUAAAAAUUUCGUUUACAUAUAACAAAUGUGUUGAUAUCCUAGAUCAUGGAAAUAAAGCAAUCCAAAUUUUUACAUAAUGUACUCCUUAUUUAGAGAAGAAAAAAAAGUAUCAAUUUCCUUUUAUUUAUUUGUAUAUAAAAUUUGUCUGUUUUUAAUUUAGUAGUGCUGUUUAAGUUAAGACUUAGCUAGCACGGAAUUUGUAAAUAUUAAAUAAAAAUGGCAACUGCAA